AUGUAUAAUUACAAUCACCACAUCAAAGCUGUCAAAAAUAAGGUUCACGUUUACCCACACAAGAUCACUAGUGGUGUACAUUUAAAUGAGCAAUUUUUAACUGUUAGUAACAGCUUUCGUGCUUUGUACCCGCUUGCGAUUUAUAACAAAGCACUUCAAAGAUGUGCCAGCAAAUCAUUAACGGCGAAUUGUAUGGAGAUUGAGACCUUCUAUACGAAUCUAAUUGUGGAAGAUUUUGAAAGCAAAGGUCGUGGUCCUAAGAAACAUAUGAAGCGUCUCGCAGCUCCCAAGCACUGGAUGCUUGACAAACUUUUGGGUUCUUAUGCCCCUAAGCCCUCUUCCGGUCCCCAUAAGACCCGUGAGUGUCUUCCUUUGAUUGUCUUCAUCCGUAACAGAUUGAAGUACGCUCUUAACGGUCGUGAGGUCCAAUCUAUCCUCAUGCAACGUUUGGUCAAGGUUGACGGUAAGGUCCGUACCGACUCUACCUUCCCCGCUGGUUUCAUGGAUGUCAUCUCUAUCGAGAAGACCGGUGAAAACUUCCGUCUUGUCUAUGAUGUCAAGGGUCGUUUCGCUAUCCAUCGUAUCACUGAUGAAGAGGCCAAGUACAAGCUCUGUAAGGUCAAGAAGGUCCUCGUUGGUUCCAAGGGUAUUCCUUAUAUCACCACCCACGACGGUCGUACCAUCCGUUACCCCGAUCCUCUCAUCAAGGCCAACGAUACUAUUCGUUUCAACCUUGAGGAAAACAAGGUCGCUGAUUUCGUCAAGUUCGAGGUUGGUAACGUUGUCAUGAUCACUGGUGGUCGUAAUAUUGGUCGUGUCGGUCAACUCGUUCACCGUGAACGUCACAUUGGUGGUUUCGAAAUCGUCCACGUUAAGGAUGCUCUUGAUCGUGUCUUCGCUACUCGUAUCUCCAACGUCUUCACCAUCGGUCAAGGUACCAAGCCUUGGAUCUCUCUCCCCAAGGGUAAGGGUGUCAAGCUCUCCAUCACUGAGGAGCGUGAUCGUCGUAGAGCUGCUGCCGCUGCUGCCAACUAAAUUUGCAUUUAGUUUUCACUAAGCGACCCUCUCUCUUUUUUACAUAAUUAAUAAAAAAAUAUCUUUUUUUUUUGUUAAAUAA